AUGGAAUGGUACGGUAUUGCAAUCGGUAACUUUUUAUCGGAUGAUAAAAAAGAAAUAAAUUUUGCAGUGAGUACUACAUAUGGAGACUAUGGAGAAGGCCAGGUGUUCAUAUUUGACAGGAAAUAUAAUGAAGUUCAUAGAAUUUCUAAUAACGAAGUGGGUUCUAUGUACGGAGCAACACUUUGCACUUUGAACUUGGAAGGCAAACGUUCCUCUUUGUUAGUCGGGGCACCGGCCUAUACAACAAACCAUCAUGAAUACGACCACGGCGCUGUUUACUUGUAUGUACCGGAUUACUCCAAAAACGCAUCUAAGGCAAUGGUACUUAAAAGAAUAAUAAAAGGUACAUCAAGCAGUGGAUAUUUUGGUUUCUCAAUAGCAAAUAUUGGAGAUAUCGAUGGCGAUGGCAAAGAUGAUGUUGCAAUUGGAGCACCUUACGAAGACGAGGGAAAAGGAGCAGUAUACGUAUACUCAGGUCAUGGUCUACUUACCGACAGUCAACAUCUGAAGAAGAUACAGAGCACAAAAUAUACCUCUUUUGGAUUUAGUCUAACGCCCCUAACAGACUCCAAAGAAAAUACGAUAGGACUAGCCGUCGGAGCACCCUUUGAUAACACGGUUAUACUUUAUAAAGUAACGCCUCUAAUAACAACGAAAUUGUACGUGCAGAUUCCAAAUUUACAGGCACGCGAGGACAAAACUCAAUUCAACUUUACAGCAUGUGUUAAUAUAACCUACCCGAGAUUAACCAAGACCAUUAGCACAGAAAUUAUUUUGAGAACUGAAAUAAUUCAUCCAUUUGCGAAAUUAAUCAAUGCUGAAACCAACGGAUCGAUAUCAGAUCGCGUUGAACUGAGGAGACGUCCACCAAACUACUGUAAAACAUAUCAAGUUUUGACACCAGAAACAGGCAAUUUCGGUACUAUGCUAAAAUACAAUAUUACGACUGUGGUUGACGAUAUCAAGUCCAAGAAAUCGAAAAUUGAUGGCACGAAAGUUGAUUUUAGUGACAUUAGCGUUCGUCACUUGGAAGGCGAUAUUUGGGCAGCUGACUGCAACAUAACAUAUGGUCGUUGCUUUCCUAAACUCGUCGUUAAACCCUCAUCAACUCUAUCCGAUCCAUAUGAAGUAGGUUUGUAUGAUACGGAGCGCUAUUUUAUGACAAUUAAAAACGUCGGCGAGACAGCCUACAAUCUAUGUUUUAUAGUGACAUUGAAGGGCACGCAUAUAGCUAAUUAUCCACUCCAUUGCACACGCACGGACGCCGCAAAUCAAGUGAUUUGUAAGUUAGAUGAUAUAUUGCCUAGCGACUAUUCAUGGAUGACUAGUAGCAUAGAAAUUGAUACGUCGUUUGUAACGAAUAAAUUUGACGAAUUAGAAAUACAGACAGAUAUUUACAGUAACUGCACUGAUCGAACCGAUAAACAGACGAUUAAAGAAACAUUUAAACUAAUUUACAACGUCACAGGAAUUAAUGUAGACGGUAUCGCGAACCCAUACAAGGAUAUAAAUAUUACAACCGUCGAUGUUGUAUCGGGAAAAUUCUUCGAACAUUUAUAUAUGAUAAGGAACGGUGGUGGUAUGGAUUACGAAAACGCUAGUUUUGAAGUAACUCUAGAUAAAAAGGAUUAUCUUAAGUGGAUGUUGGAUGAGAAAAUCUGGAAUUGCUCACUCUUUGAUUCUUCAGAAACGUCAAUGGACGAUAAGAUCAAAUACACCUGCAAAAUUGACAACCUACACAGAUAUAGUGAUGUAAAUAUACAUAUACCAGUACAAAUUUUACCCGACAGUUUCGGUAAACAUAUUAAAAAUGAAAAUACAAUAACUUCAAGUCUUACCUUGAAAUUAAAAGAGGAAAUUAAAGAAAAGCGCCUCACAACGACAUUGGUUUACAUGUCAAUUUCUGUAGCCGCAUGGAUUAUAAUUCUGUCCAUACUCAUAGGACUAAUUGUUUUGGUUUUAAUAGCAUUAAUAUUAAGAGAGAUUGGCUUCUUCCAAAGAAAAAAUAAGAAAAACUUAGAAGAUUUGAAGACAGUCAUCAGAAACGAAAGUAUACGUCGUCAAUCGCAACGUCAGUCCAACCGAGACCAGACUGAACAGUCACAUCAGACCAAGCAAACUGAACAAUUGGAAAAUGACCAUUGUUAUGACGAUGACCGCAAGCAUUUCGAUAGCUCAGACAAAUUGUGUUAGAUAAAUCAUUAAUAAAUAAAAAAGUACCUACUAAUUUAAGUUAAAACAUAAAUAUUAAAAGCAAAUCUAUAG